AGCUAUGUUGGAAAAACACGUACAAGAGAUAGUCGAGGAGCAAAUCGGCUUCUCUUAUUCAUAUCCCACAGUCCGUCCUGUGUGUGUGUGAGGCAACGACUGAGAGACAGUGGCGAGAGAGAGCAACACGAUGACAACCCAGCAGCAGGAGGGUUAAGUGGGCAUUGUGUCAAGAAGCAGUGCGGCUUGUUUGGGUUGUGUUUCGGAGGACGCACGGCUCUCGAUCUUCGCCUUUCCUGAGUCUGUACAGGAGUUGCAGCGAUGAGACAAGACUGUAACUAUCAAAUGGAUACCAUGAAAUUGGGGAGAAGAAAAGGAGCCCAGUUUAUAGAUGAUCACAGGGCAGAGCUUAUUCAGAGGGUCAGUCCGGUAGAGCCCAUUGCAGAUGUCAUGCUCUCACAGGGACUGAUCCAUCCAGAGGUUAAUUCUAACAUCCUGGCUGCCAGAACCAGCCAGGACAAAAUGAGGACGCUAUACGGAGCCAUGUCCACUCAACCCCAGAAGGAGGCACUCUACAGCAUCCUGGUGAAGAACUAUUCUUGGGUCACUCAGGACGUCCAUAGAAUGAGGAUAUUGCCGCUGGGAAAAACUUGUGCUGGGAGGAGUGCAUCAGGAAACACAAUCCUUGUGGAAGGACUGAGACAGGAGAGAAUGGCAAUCAGCAUGGGCCACACAGAGGAGGAGAUGAACAAUACCAGAGUGCUGCAGCUGAAACAGAAUGUUGUCGAGCGAGGGCCAGAGAGACCAUCAAGGAAGUCAGCAAAAUUCCACGUUAGAGUGAAUGGACUGAGAGGGGAGAUAAUGGAAAUCGACGUGGGCCAAUCAGAGGAGGAGAUGAACAAUACCACAGUGCUGCAGCUGAAACAGAAAAUUGCCCAGAGACUUCCAGGCUGGGACAUAGAUACCCUGACGAUGAGAUACACAUGCAAGACUCUGGAAGACUCACGCCUGCUCUCCUGUUACGGAAUCCAGGACAAGUCUCUCAUUAAUCUAGUGCUUGAUAAAUAUAGAGAAUAGAGCAUCUUCACCAGUCACAUCAUCCCACAACACUACAGUGCACUCUAAAAAAUGCUGGGCUGUUUGGUUGACCCUGGGUUGCAGGUGUUGGGUCACUUAGAUGGGUUGUUUUCUUUAAAAACUGCUGGGUUAUUGAUGCUGGGUAGUUGGUGUAGGAGAUCCCUUAAACCAUAUGUAAGUCCCAUUUUUGGGAUACAAUAAGGUGAUAUACCUUAUUAUAAUAUCUAAUAAAUAAUGCAAUGUGUAAAAUGCAAAUAAAAUAAAGGACCAUUUUAAUUUGUGUUA